CCGAGAUCUCCCAUCCCUUACGAGCCGCGCCGAGUCAACUUGCCCCGCAUUUUCAUCAAAAUUGUUCCGAAGCUUCACCCCACCAUCAUCAACAAAGACAAGCUUCCCGCCGCCGAGUUUCUUUCUGCACUUCGAUAAUUGCCUGUCUUCGGCAUCUGGCCAAAUCCGCCAAGCUGUUCCCACUCCGAGCCGCCGCACGCCCCGCAGCAGCCCUGCGAAGCGUCUCUCCGUUCCUCCCAGUGUCGAUCCGACCGUUGAACACCAUCUCGCUGCCCAACCCACGCAUCAUGGCUGCCCUCGACGCCCAAAAGUACACUCCCGCCGAGGAGUCCGAGAUCCAGUCGUGGCUCGACAAGGCGACUACGCUCAAGGUGGCCGCCUCGGAUGCCCUCCUUGACACCCUCAAUGCCGACCUGGCCUCCCGCACCACCGCGCUCGGCACCAAGCCCAGCAAGGCCGACGUCGCCCUGUACGAGUCGCUCGCCCCGCUCGUCAAGGCCUGGACCCCCGAGCAGCGGACCGGCGAGAAGGGCCGGCCUAACAUUGUGCGCCUAGUCGACUUCGUCCAAAACAGCCCGCUGUUUGGUCUCAGCGCGGCUGACGCCGACAAGGUGCAGGUCGAUGCCGACGAGAUCCUCUACGUCAAACCCCCCGUCGAUGCCAAGGCCGAGAAGGAGCGACUAAAGAAGGAGAAGGCCGCCGCUGCUGCCGCUGCCGUUGGUGGAGACAAGGCGCUCGUGGACCGGACAAAGGAGGCCGCCGCUGCCGUGGCGGAAAAGGCCGUCGAGGUGAAGGACAAGGUCGUCGAGGCUGUCGCCGGCGAGGGCGGUAAGCAGAAGCAGAAGAAGGAGAAGAAGGAGCGGGCGCCCAAGCAGCCCGCGCCUCCGCCGGCACCCGCCGUCAUGUCACCCUGCCUGAUCGACCUGCGCGUCGGCCACAUCCUUAAGGCGAUCAAGCACCCGGAGGCCGACUCGCUGUACGUGUCGACCAUCGCCAUGGGCGACGCGCCGGGCACCGAGGACACGUCCGAGUACGAGGGGCAGGUGGUGCGGACAGUGUGCUCGGGCCUCAACGGGCUGGUGCCGCUCGAGGAGAUGCAGGGCCGCAAGGUGGUGGUGGUAGCCAACCUCAAGCCAGUCAAGAUGCGCGGCAUCAAGUCAUGCGCCAUGGUGCUCGCCGCGUCGCCCAAGCCCAAGGAGGGCGGCGAGGACGACCACAAGGGCCCCGUCGAGCUGGUCAACCCGCCCGCCGAAGCCAAGGCCGGCGAGCGCGUCUACUUUGAGGGGUGGCAGGGCGAACCGGAGAAGGUGCUCAACCCGAAGAAGAAGAUUUGGGAGACGUUUCAGCCGGGCUUUACGACCACGGAUGCGCUCGAGGUGGCGUUUGAUGCUGGGGUUGUCGAGGCACUGGAGGGCAAGACUGGGUUGGGCAAGCUGGUGACGGCGAGCGGGGGUGUGUGCAAAGUGGCCAGCUUGAAGGGUGCCCAGGUGCGGUGAUAGCAUUCAAGAUGUCAUGUUUAAGAUGUCAUGUGUAGAGAGAUACCAAGGGUACGACAUGUUCACCAGAGGGUGGGUAAAUGUCAAGCAAAAUAGAGUUGUUAAUGAAGCCAUCGAAGGCAACUGAACAGAGGCAGAGACACUUAUUUCCUUUUCCGACUCCUUACCUCUACCUUCCCUACCUACUCUUACCCAAUGAUUAGCGUCGCCGUCGGCGUCAGGAUGCCGCCAGGAGUGGUCUUGCACCCAGUCGUGACGGUGUAAGUCUCGGUGGGAAUAACGCAACCCGUCGUGCAGGUUGGGCACUGCUUCUUGGUUACGGUCUUCGUCGGCGUGCGCGGGCAGCAGUC